GGUCUGUCCUUUCAAAUCCUAAAUCCUGUAGUCUAGAUAAUGCGCUGAAGCAGGAUGAUUCUCUAUGGAGGUGGAGCACGACCACGCUUAUUGCCGCGCGAAAGCAGCACUGCUCGUGCUGCAUUGGUGAUUCUUCCCCACACUCUUUCCCAACAAACAAUCUGAGAUAGCUCACUUUUCCAGAUCACCAAACAAUACAAAGCACUCUAUCAGUCUAAUUCAACCCUACUACAACGCAACGAUGAAGUUGAUGAACCUAUUUGUAUCCAAGAAAAACAAGGAGCAGCACCAUGAAAAGGAAAGCUCUUGCACAGCAACGGUGACCAGUGGCGAUUGCUCCGAGUCCAGCAGUAAGAAGAACAAGAAGACGAAGAGGAAUGGUAGCAAGACCAAAAAAGCUUCGUCCAUUCCACGAGAAGUACAAGAACACAGAACUCCCAGUGAAAUGGUUGUGGCAGGCUAUGUGGAAGCUUUGGAUCGUCAUGCAUCUGUGGAAGAGUUAUUGGAAUUCUUUGCAUCCAAGGACGUCAAGGUCAAGCUGGAAGAUGGCCAGAGCAUUAAUGCGUUGAUCUUGGCAGAAGAGGAUCAAAAGUUGUACAAGAGCUUCCCAAACAUGAAGUUUGGAUAUCAGUCCAUCAAGGAGGACAGAGCUGGAUUGGUGGUUGUGGAGGAGCUUCAAGUCAGCGGAACCUACACAGGGGAGCCCUAUGGCUUUGACCACUUUCCUCCUGUCUCAGCCUCAAACGAACAUGCCAUUAAUGAUCCAGAGAGGAUGUGGUUCGCCGUUAAGGAUGGAAAAAUCCAAGUGAUGGAAAUCAUCUCUUUGGGAGACAAUACUGGACCUCCGGGCUUGUACUUGCAAAUUGGAGGAAAGAUGGACAUGCAGCCACCGCCAGCAGAAGCAGCAGAAGAGGAUGCAACCGUCCCCAAACAAACUGAAUAAUUUUCAUUGCGGUGGCGCUAAAAUCGUAGCAGCCUUGUCUUGUGAUCCACAUUAUUUCAAAAGGAGGAGGAGAGCCUCAGUGUCAAAUUGCUUUGCAAUCCACCUCCUAUAAGUCAACCAUUGUAAGGCAUAGCAGGUUCAAGUUUGUACGAUGCCAGGAGGAACUUUGAACACCUUUGUGUCGCUCAUCGAUAGCUACAUGUAGGGUAGCAGCUAUGUGGCUAGAAAGCUCUUUACCGGCCUGCACAGCGGUCGAAAUUUGGCUCUUUGCGAGUUCGUUGAGGUCGCGAAGUGCGACCGCGGCAUCAUAUGUGAAGACAUGACUCUUGACCAGUGUUACUAUUUAUUAAAAUUAAAUAGUACUGAAGUACAU